UCACUUCCGGCCAGGGAGCGCGCGGGUUGAUUCGUCCUUCCUCGGCCGCGGGUGCUCGCAGCUCGGAAAUGGCGGGAUUUGGUGCUAUGGAGAAAUUUUUGGUUGAGUACAAAAGUGCAGUGGAGAAGAAACUGGCAGAGUACAAAUGUAACACCAACACAGCAAUUGAACUAAAAUUAGUUCGUUUUCCCGAAGAUCUUGAGAAUGACAUUAGAACUUUCUUUCCUGAAUAUACCCAUCAACUCUUUGGGGAUGAUGAAACUGCUUUUGGUUACAAGGGUCUGAAAAUCCUGUUAUAUUAUAUUGCUGGUAGCCUGUCAACAAUGUUCCGUGUUGAAUAUGCAUCAAAAGUUGAUGAGAACUUUGACUGUGUAGAGGCAGAUGAUGUUGAGGGCAAAAUUAGACAAAUCAUUCCACCUGGAUUUUGUACAAACACAAAUGAUUUUCUUUCUUUGCUGGAAAAAGAAGUUGAUUUCAAGCCAUACGGAACCUUACUCCAUACAUACUCUGUUCUAAGUCCAACAGGAGAAAACUUUACCUUUCAGAUAUACAAGGCUGACAUGACAUGUAGAGGCUUUCGAGAAUAUCAUGAAAGGCUUCAGACCUUUUUGAUGUGGUUUAUUGAAACUGCUAGCUUUAUUGACGUGGAUGAUGAAAGAUGGCACUACUUUCUAGUAUUUGAGAAGUAUAAUAAGGAUGGAGCUACGCUCUUUGCGACCGUAGGCUACAUGACAGUCUAUAAUUACUAUGUGUACCCAGACAAAACCCGGCCACGUGUAAGUCAGAUGCUGAUAUUGACUCCAUUUCAAGGUCAAGGCCAUGGUGCUCAACUUCUUGAAACAGUUCAUAGAUAUUACAUUGCAUCUCCUUCUGUUCUUGAUAUUACAGCGGAAGAUCCAUCUAAAAGCUAUGUGAAAUUAAGAGACUUUGUGCUUGUGAAGCUUUGUCAAGAUUUGCCCUGUUUUUCCCGGGAAAAGUUAAUGCAAGGAUUCAAUGAAGAUAUGGCAAUAGAGGCACAACAAAAGUUCAAAAUAAAUAAGCAACAUGCUAGACGGGUUUAUGAAAUUCUUCGACUACUGGUAACUGACAUGAGUGAUGCUGAACAAUACAGAAGCUAUAGAUUGGAUAUUAAAAGAAGACUAAUUAGCCCAUAUAAGAAAAAGCAGAGAGAUCUUGCUAAAAUGAGAAAGUGUCUCAGACCAGAAGAACUGACAAACCAGAUGAACCAAAUAGAAAUAAGCAUGCAACAUGAACAGCUGGAAGAAAGCUUUCAGGAACUUGUGGAAGAUUACCGACGUGUUAUUGAACGCCUUGCUCAAGAGUAAAGAUUAUACUGCUCUGCACAGGAAGUUUGCAAAUUUCUGUACAUUGUGUUGUGAAAUAUAUGAUAGUUAAUUUUAAAAUCUUGUAACAUUUUACUUACAUUAAAAGUUAUCUAUCUUUAGUUGAAUAUUUUCUUUUGGAGAGAUUGUAUAUUUUAAAAUACUAUUUAGAGUCUAUGAGCAUAUAUUACAUUUUAAAAAAAGAUACAGCUUCUGAAAUACUACUGCGAUUGCUUCCCUUCUUAAACAGUAUAAUAAAUGCUUAGUUGUGAUUGUUAAA